AUGCCGAUUCCGAGCGCUCUGAUUGGGGACCACAUCAGCGCCCAAUCCUACCACAGCCCGUCCUCCAUUCCUCACGGCAUACUCGACUUUCUACGGAGCGAUAGCCUUGUCGAGGGCCCCGCCAACAUUAUUCUGCCUCAUCUAUUGAAAACCAUAGAGAAGGAACGGCACAACGACCCACUCCCUCGAGACCAACUCUGGAUUGUUUGUCAGAGGCACGGUGUUCUUGACUUCGUUCUUUCGUGUACGGAGGGGCCGAUGGGGCCCUAUCCUGUGUUCAUUUUUGCUUCCGCGCCGUUCUCUCAAUUACUCGAUUUCGACUAUACCCGCCCUGCUGUCGCAGCCCUCGUCCAUGAACUACUUGGGGCAGGUGUCAGUCGGGAGCGCGUCUUCUCAAUCUUCGCCCCGGAGCCAGUGACAGAAAUUUUUGCUGCUAUUUGGUCCCAAGUGGCUGGUGUGCGACUCGCUCGCUCGCCAAAGUACUACGCAGCGACGUUCACGUACUGCACGGCGAAAUCCUUCAUCAACAAGACCAUGACCGUGCUCGAUGGCUUCUCCGUCUCCCUUCGUGCAGCGGUUGACAGAGACGUGCCGGUCAUCGCCGAGCUAUGCCAAGCUUUUAGCGAGACCUCUCCUCCUUUCCUCCUCACGUUUGAGAGAGCAUUGGAGGAGGCAAGGAUGCUGGUUAAAGAUGGACAAGUGUGGGUGCAUGAGAUCAGGCACGAGAGCGGAGAGCCCGACAUCGCUUCGAUCGUAGCGUUCACCCGGGUCUCGACAAAUGUUGCCGCUAUAACUAAGGUAUACACCAACCCGAGGUGGAGGCAAAGAGGAUGUGCUCUGAGGCUGGUUAGGAGGGUCACUAAGCACCUUCUGAAGACCAAGCAGGCCGUUGUGCUUUACGUCUCACACGGCAAUCCUGCCGCACGCGUGUACGACCAGGCGGGAUAUGUAGGCUUGAGGGGGAACGCGGAGAGGUUCCCUGGAGUAGAUAGGUGGCUCGAGCUAGGCUUCGACACCGACGUCGUGGAGCUUGGUCAUUGGUGA